CAGGAAAUGAAACAAAUGAUUUAGUUUCGGUUAAUGUCACUAAAUUAGGUUAUGUGUAAUAAUUUUACGGUGUUGGUUUAACAGAUAACAGAUAUGGGUGACUCUCCUCUAAACCCUCUCGUUUUAAUCGGUGUUGGGUCCAGCUUUGCCUUUUCUGGCCUGUUUUAUCAUUUGUACCAAAAAAAGAAAAUAGAGUUACAAAACCUGAAGGAAAUUCCCGUUUUCAAGCCAGAUCAGCAUUUGCUUAAAGUAGUGAAAGCAUCCCCACACAAGCGACUCCAGUAUGUUGCAGUUGAAGGUAUGGUCCAGCCAGAUGGAGAGCCUCUGGCCAGUAAGUUUGUGCCUCGACGCUUUGGUGUAAUUCAGAAGAUAGUUGUGCAGGAACACUGGAAAUACUGGAGCACCAUCACCAGAUCAUGGAACUCUCGGACAAUCAAACGAAAAGAAACCAACAACUCAGUUCCUUUCAGUCUAAUCAGCCCUGGAUCCUACAUCUCUGACGUUUCUGUGAAAGUGCAGGAGCCCCUGGAGGCCUCAGGGUCCUACCUGGAAAGUGCUUAUUUCAAAGUGAGACGUGCUGAAGAGGGUUUGGUGGAUGUUGUGUUGCAGGGUCUGAACGGUGAGAAGCCUGUGUCAAUGGAGGGAGAGCGAGGGGAGUUGCUGCAUGUUGGGAGCACCCUGACAGGCUUUGGAGAAGUGGUGCUGGAGGGAGGCCAGGUGAUGAGGCUGCAGGCCCCGCUGGACAGCCGCAAGUACAUCCUGAUGUCCACUGAUUACAGAAGCUUCAUAGACAGACAAGAGGCUUCAGCCAGCAUGUGGAAGAUACUGACUGCUGUGACUGGGCUCACAGGAGCUUCUCUUCUAGCCAGUGUCUUAUACAGUUUCGUUGAAAAGCAAAACGAUAAGUCAAAGUAGGCCUGAGGAAGGGGAUUCAGCAGGUCCAAAAGCUGUGCUGCUACCUUUUGGGCAUUUGCAUAUUGCCUCAUAAUUACACAACUUUCACAUCAACAUAAUUUGCCAGUUUAUUGUUUCUUUUGAAGGAAGUUAUGUAACAGGGUGCAUCAUAGCUUUUCUUCACUUGGCUAUGAGGUUGAAAAUAUAUGCAAAACACUUCAUAUUUAUGGUUUCCCUAACAUUGUCCCAAAAUGAUAAACAUGAUUUAAAAACUUGAAUGUUUUCAAUUCAGCAAGCAAGACAAGAAUUAAGUCUAUUAUUUUGCUUUUUCACGGGAGCAAGCUGUAUUUUUAAAAGUGAAUUAGAUCAAAUGUUCUGGUGAUCACAGCUUUUGCUUUUCUUUCCAAGAUAUUUUUUUUUUUUACUGUGAAUCAGCUCAGAAAUGAUUAUUUAAAUUGCCAAACCGUCUAGUCAUUUUUUGCUUAGACCCAAAUGCAUUUAUGAGAUGAUCCUCUACCUCUUGUUGUUUUUUACUGUACUGUUAAAGUAUGUCAGAAUCAGGUUGAAUAUGAUGAAAAUUAGAUUACUAUUCAAAAGGUGGUGGUUGUGCUCUUUUAACAGAUAAAAUAAAGCAUUUUUUUACUUUU